UCAGCGACCAGUACGGAGUAUACCCCCCCCAAACACGCAUUCUUCAUUCCCUCACUUCGACCCUGUCUUUUUCCACAUCCCAAUCCAUCUACAAUGGACCCUUUCUCAGCGGAGGGUGAGUUGAUCAACAUCCACAAUGCCUUCCACCAAGGCCAAUACCAGUCCGUGAUCGAUUUCGACACCUCGGCCCUCUCCCCCGAGAACCACGUCCCCGCCCGUGUCCUGCAGCUCCGCGCCCAGGUCGCUCUCGGCCAGACCGACGAAGUGCUGGCCGAUGUCGAAGGCGAGGAGGAGACCCCCGAUUUCGCGGCCGUGAAGGCCCUCGCGCAGCAGACGACCGGAGACGAAGAAUCCGCCUUGAAGCUGGUGCAGGAUCUUGCGGAGAACUAUCCCGAUAACGGCACCGUCCAGAUUCUGGGUGGUGCGGUGCUUCAGGCUCAAGGCCACAGCGAGGAUGCGCUGGCGUUGUUGACCAAGCACCAGGGGAACUUGGAGGCUGUCGCCCUGAUCGUUCAGAUCCAUCUCCAGCAAAACCGCUCCGAUCUUGCCCUGAAGGAAGUCCAGGCUGCUAAGCGCUGGGCCCAGGAUUCUCUUCUGGUUAACCUGGCUGAGUCGUGGGUUGGCAUGCGUGUCGGCGGCGAAAAGUACCAAGCGGCCUUCUACGUCUACGAAGAGCUGGCCUCGGCCCCCAGCACCUCCGCUCCCCUGUCAAUUGUCGGCCAAGCCGUGGCAGAACUCCACCUGGGCCGGCUGCCUGAGGCCGAGGCCGCGUUGACGGCGGCGCUGGAGCAACAUCCCGACGAGGCCGAAUUGAUUGCCAAUGCCGUGGUGUUGAAUGUUCUGGCUGGCAAGCCCUCGGAAGAGCUGGAGCAACGCCUCGAACAGAUCCAACCCUCGCAUAUCCUCCUCUCCGACAUUCAAGAAAAGAGCGCACUGUUCGACACUGCCGCGGCGAAGUACGCCCCGAGAGUGUCUACUUGAUUUAGGAUAUCCGCUGUUGUUACUUUAUUUGUUUUUCCCCCCAGCUCGCUCGCACGUUUAUUGAAGACUACUACCUAUUUAUUUACCUUUUUUCCUCUCUGGUUUUUUUUUUUUUUCCCUUAAUUCUGUCCCGCCUUGGCGCACGCAACUGUUGCUUCUCGAUGAUGAUUUGAUAUGACGGCGUAGAUAUCUAUGUAUCGGUUAGGUAUUAUCCAGCGAAUGCCUUGCUCUUUCUUCAUAUCUAGUAACAUAUUUAUAUACGCAUUCGCAUGCACCUAGUUGUGUCCAAUGUACUGACGACUGGAAGGAAGCUGGAUUGGGGUUCUUGUU